AUGUCUCUCGAUUCCGCCCUCACCGCUCUGCGCAAAGCCGACAAAUCCAACGCACACAACGCCCUCUCCAAAGCCAAAGUCGCCCUCCUCCAAUCCAACGCCCUCGUGCCCUCCUCAGCAGUAUCCCCCCAAACCCUCGCCACAGCGCGCUCCGUCCUCGAAGCCGGCGCCCUCCUCUCUAUCCGCUUACAAGACGCCGACUCCUUCGUCCGCUACUACUCCCAACUCCAACCUUUCUACGAUUAUCCCGCUCUUCAGAAGUCACAAUCACGAGAAAAGUCGCAAAUCACGGGGUUGUAUCUACUGCUGCAGUUGAGCCAGGGCGACUACGCGGGUUUCCAUACCCUGCUAGAGGGGUUGAUCGUGGCGGAGAGUGAGGAGGGGAGGAGUGUGGAGGAUGAUCCGUACAUACGGUAUCCCAUUGAGUUGGAGAGAUGUUUGAUGGAGGGGAGCUAUGAUCAGGUGUGGCGGCGGACGACAGGGAAGGAGGUGCCGGGGGAGGAGUUUGCGUUGUUCUCUGGCAUCCUGAUCAACACUAUCCGAAGAGAGAUCGCGUCAUGCGCUACACGAUCAUACACGUCGUUACCGAUUCCGUCGGCGAAGAAUCUGCUGUUCCUGGACUCGGAGGGUGCUGUGACCGAGUUUGCUCAAGAGCAGGGUUGGAGUCUACGGGACGGGUGGGUGUAUUUCCCAGCUCAGGAUCCGAAGAAGGGCGAGGAGGCGGACUUGGAGGGUGAGCGCGAGAUGAUGAGCAAUGUGGUGGGGUACGCGAGGGAGCUUGAGAGUAUCGUGUAG